CACUUCUCUAAUUAGUUAAGGUAGUCAAAGGUGCUAUCAAGAAACGACACUUACUUAGAAAGAAGCGUAUCUUUUAUUAGACCAGUAGUACCACGCCAUGGCUAGAAAGAAGCAAGAAAUUCAGCUUCAGAGAGAAAUAGAAACACAAGAAGAAUGGGAAGAGGUUAUGGCUAUGGAAGGCCUUUGGGUUGUUGAUGUGUAUCAAGAAUGGUGUGGCCCAUGUUUGGCUUUAGUUGGUAACUUCAGGAGACUUAAAAAUGAACUGGGUGACAACUUGUUAAAUUUUGCAAUAGCAAAAGCUGACACAAUUGACGCUUUAGAAAAAUACAGGGGAAGGUGUGAACCAACAUUUUUAUUUUAUGCAGGAGGUAUCCUGACAAACUACAUCCAUGGUGCCAACGCACCCAAAGUUCAGCGGGUCAUCACAGAGCAGCUGGCCCAUGAACAUAAAGUACUAGAAGGAACAGCAGAAAGAAAAGAGGUGAGAGAUCCUGUCAUUACUCGCAUGCAAGAGAUAGAAGCUGAGAAACUGGAAGAGGAAGAAGCCAGGCAACUAGCAGAAGACGAUACAGGCACUGUUCCUGUAUCUAAAACUCCUUCAGCUAAAAAGGUUAAGGAUAUGGAAGCCCAGAAAGGAAUCACAGUGGCCAUUAUAAAACCAGAUGCCGUUGUCCAGGGUAAAACAGAUGAGAUUAUUUCACUGAUCAAAGAACAUGAGUUUGAAAUCUUGGCACAAGAGCAAAAAGAAAUUACACCUGAAGAAGCUGAGGAGUUUUAUGCUGACUUUGAUUCCGAGAGCUACUUUGAUGACCUGGUCAAAUUUAUCACAAGUGGUCCAUCAUAUUGUCUUGUACUGACCAAAGGCAAAGGUGGUGAGACAGUAAUUAAAGACUGGCUAGACCUGCUUGGUCCAGCUGAAGUAGAGGUGGCCAGAGAGGAAGAUCCAAACUGCCUCCGAUCCAGAUAUGGUGAGAAAGGAUACUUGAAUGCCUUGCAUGGCUCUCUCACAGCUCAAGCUGCUGAAAAAGAGCUGAGGAUAUUGUUCCCUAACUUUGUUGUUCCAACUUAUUUGAGGAAGAAGUUGAAUAUUCAGAGAACACUUGCUCUAGUCAGGCCUGAAGCCUAUGCAAAUAAGAAAGAGGACAUCAUGCAAGCCAUUAGCAAGCUGCCAUUGAAGGUAGCCAUGAUGAAGGAGGUUCAACUCACCAAGGAACAAGCCUCAGAGCUGUACAAAGAACACGAACAGUUUGGUUUCUUUGAUCUCUUGGUUGAAACCAUGAGCAGUGGGACAUUGUUGGCUAUUGGGUUGAUUGGAGAUGAGGCCAUUUCAGUGUGGCGGGACGCUCUUGGACCAGAGAACGUUGAUGACGCCAUGGAGAAGGCACCUAAGAGCUUGAGAGCCCGGUUCCCUGGUUCUAAUGGCAUGAACCAGUUCCAUGGCUCAGCUUCAGUGGAGGCGGCCGAGAAAGAAAUUGCAGAAUUCUUCCCGAUAGAACAGACAGUGGCCAUGAUUAAACCAAGCGGCAUGGAGCAUAAGGAUGAAAUCCUCCAAAGGAUUGAAGAAGCUGGCUUUAAGAUUGUCGCUCAGCAAGAAGUCAACAUCACCCAGACCAAAGCAGAGAUUAUGUACCCCCACAAGAUCCACACUGAGUACUUUGAUGACCUCGUCAACUCCCUGGCCAGUGGUGUGUCUCUGUACUUAGUUCUGUCUAGAGAAGAUGCUGUUGAUGGCUGGAGAAGAGAGAUUGGAAAUGUGGACCCUGUCCAGGCUAAAGAGGAAAAUCCAACAUCCCUCCGAGCUCUGUAUGGGACAGACAUCUUGAACAAUGCAGUGCACGGCAGCUCCACGGUGGAACAUGCCAAGGAGGAAAUCAAAGCAGUCUUUGGUGACUUGAACUUUAAUCCUGAUGGCACUCUUAGAGGAGAAGAACCACAAUUAGAUGAAACAGCUGUUGUCCAUGAGAAGGAAAGAUCUGAUGAAUCUAAAGCUGAUUCUCCUCGCUCAAAGAAGAAUGAAGAAUCAGAAGGACAAAGUGAAAAAGAACACAAAGAACAUGAGGAAGAGAAAACUGAAGGUCAUGAGAAGCAUGAAGGGGAACAUAAAGGGGAACAUGAAGGGGAACACAAAGGAGAGCAUAAAGAGGAACACGAAGGGGAACACAAAGGAGAGCAUAAAGGGGAACAUGAAGGGGAACAUAAAGGAGAGCAUGAAGGGGAACACAAAGGAGAGCAUAAAGAGGAACAUGAAGGGGAACACAAAGGAGAGCAUAAAGAGGAACAUGAAGGGGAACAUAAGAAGCAUGAAGGGGAACAUAAAGAGGAACAUGAGGGAGAACAUAAGGAGAAACCUAAGGAACAUAAGGAAGGGCAUGAGGAAGGAGAUGAUACAACAGCAGAAGAAAAAAGAGAAUCAAAAGUGAACAGUCCAAGCACUGAAGUUGCAGCAGAGCACACAGAAACCAAGUCUAAAGAAGAAAAUAAGGUGGCGGAAGAACAAGCGCCUGACAGUGAACCUCAGAGAGAGGAAGCUGAUGAUGUUAAGGCAAAAGAUGAGGCUGGUGGUGGUGCACCAGCUCAGGAAGACUCUGGGCACGAUGGGGCAGCAGCUGAGGCGCCAUCAGCAGAUGUUGCUCCUACUAAACCUGACACCCCAGCAACAAUGGAACCGCCCAAAGAUUCUUCUCCAGCUAAACCUGACACCCCAGCAACAAUGGAACCGCCCAAAGAAUCUUCUCCAGCUAAACCUGACACCCCAGCAACAAUGGAACCUCCCAAAGAAUCUUCUCCAGAACCACAAGAACCUAAUGAAGAGCCUAACCCAUCUGUAGAAACUAGUUCUAAACCAGAUGACACAGAACAGCAGACAGAACCCAAAUCUGAGGCAACUCUGGAAGAUAAUCAAAGGGAAGUAAUUCAGGAAGGGGAAAGUGGGGAGAAUAAAGUAGUUGAAGAACCAACAGAAGAGGGUGCAGAGGCGCCCACAGAGGAGAGUUGAGUGAGUUCCAGCUUUUAACAGAUUUACCUACCCACCUCAAAUAUUUUGACCAUUAAACUAGGGGACAACAGACAGAAAAUUUCUAUAAAAACAUCCCUGUGGAAUAAACAACAAAAAAUAUUUGUAGAUUCCGAAGCAGAAGAUGGGAACUAUUGUUUACCAAGAAAUUUUGUACAUAGAGAUGUUUUCAAUUUCGUAAAUGUUAUGCAUAGAAGUGUGCAAAUGAAAUGCUAAAUGGAAUUUUUAUUAUGCCAUAAAUAACAAAAUAACGGUGUGUUAAAUUUUGAAUGAAGGUUAAAUAUCCAUAUUGAGCAUACGAUUAAAAAUGUGAACUUAUUUAUUAUUAUUUAUAAUUGACUAUUAUAAAGUUAUUGCCAGAUAUAAUAAAAUCAGCAGAUACAAUGUUGAAUCAACAAAAUUUGUUUUUAAAGAAAAAAUUCCUGUUUAUAGCAAAUUAAAUUAUGAUUUUUUAUUUUUAGUAUCCAAAUAUUUUUAAAAUUAAUACAAUUUGGUGGGAAAUCAAAUUAGUUAGUCUAAGUGUUAGCAGAUUGCAGCCAAAAUGCUUUAUAUUAGAGAUAUUAUUUUUUAAAUUCUUUUCAAACAAUAUGUGAUAUUAUUGCUGUGAUAUACUAAAUGACCUGAGGUUUUUAAUUACAAUAAAUUUUUUAUUAAAAAACUAUUCCACUUGGAAAACACUUCUAUUCUGUGAUAAUGGCAUACAAAUACAUGUCUUAUUGUAUUAUGUUUUUACAACUAAUUUUGACUGAAUAAUAUU